AUGGGCAAAUCUCGGAAAAUCAAAGUCCAGAGGUACCACUUGUUGAUACUUCCGAAGGGAAUACGAUGGCGAAAAAGGCAGCCAAAACCGGUAACAAAGAUGCGAAAAAAGCAAUUCGGGCUGCAACUCCCCCCGGAGGAAAAGACAGCUCCACUGGAGGCAUACUACGCGCCAAAUGAAGUGCCACUGUUCAAGAAACUUCAAAAGAAGCGACUAUCAGGAACCCGCACGAAACAACUCCUCCGUGCCGCGUCGCGCGCUCAUGACGAUCCUCCACCCCCGCCGGAGCUGGGAACUUGCUGCGGAAGCUCCUGCGACCCGUGCGUGAAUGAUAUAUGGAAGGAAGAGAGGGACGUCUGGAGAGAAAGGUGGGGCGAUAGAGCAGUGGAGGGAGAUGGAAAGAGGAAAGAAUUAGAGUGGUAA